CCCUGGCUGAAAUCAUUCAAAGACUUCCAGAGACUUCCAGUGACAGCGUUCUUCAUCACGAGACACAUUGUAUGACUCAGCUUCCAGCCACGUGGAGCCAGGAUUGAUACUGACCAGACAAUAUCAGGUGAAUCCUGAGAGUCCCAAUUUUGCCGAUAUUCUAUAAGCACCAAUCAUCCAUUACCCGGAUCGAGCGCCAUCGGAAUUUAAACAUCGACUUCGAUUUUGGAGCGAAUCUACCAAGAAGAUUCCUAAGGAUUGAAGAACAGUUUCUAUUUUGCUUCAUCAUCGACUAGUCCAGAUAGACACUCUCUUUCUCGCAAGGUCAUCAUACCAGUCAUCUUCGUAGCUGACCAACAUCUCGCGGAGCAACAUGUACCACAAAGCCGUCAACGUUCUCGUCAACACGCUUAUCGCGGCCACGUUACUGUCGUUCAGCUCGUCAUCAUUGACGCGGGCUUGCGGAUCGAAGACGAAGGUGGUCGAUCAGGCCGAACCUACCUACGAUGUACAGAUUGAUGUGGUGAGGGUACGACACCAGAGCAGACACACCGGUGUAAGAUUCCGUCGAGGUGUAGAAGUGGAUCAGGAGAGCGGAGAGGAACUCGGGCUCACGACACCGUUAUCGAUCUCGAACGCACAAGUCUUCGAUGUACUUGAUCUGGAUGUCGACGAUGAGGUAUCAGUUAUAGAAUGGUCGAUAGAGGGCGGUUCAGUCGCGGAUUUCUGGGCGCUGUUGAGCAAACACGACAAUAACGCCGAUGAGAUGAUUUCAAGAGAGGAAUUCGCGCCAGUGCAAGUCCAAGUACACCUCUAACGUCGGAACAACACAAUUUCGUUAAUUUAUAUAUAGAAUUCUUUGAACAUUCUCCCUCUCACUCAAAACUUUGCUGAUUUUUAUUGAUGAAGACUUCAUGGAGAGAUCGUCCACGUCUAUGCUUUGUGAAGUAUGAUUCGAAACGAGCUGGAGGCCCACACUCCAAUAUCGUUUUUUUUUGUUGUUGAGAAAGAACACAAUGUCACAAAGUGUAUCCACCAAACAGUGGACUAUAAUGAAGAUAUGGUCUACGAAACACCGUUAAACUGCGCAGUGUCAAGAUGAUUUUCCAGUUUAUUCCAUAAAGAGACUGCACUGCAGCUGCUGCAGGCAGGGUUGAAAAUUUCCCUGAAAUUUAGGUAUUUCAGCACAGGUGGGGAAUACUGGUAAAAGCUUGUAAAUGCUAGGGGAUACUUUAAAGGAUAUACAUAAAGGUACAGGAAAAACUUAGAAUAUGCUUGAGAACACGUGGGUGAUACCUGAAAAUAUUUCAAGACGUGUAAUAUUUCGUAUUUUUCUGCAUUUCCAACGAUACCCCAUUUCCCUUGAAAAAAAAUAAACAUCGAGAGGGUAUUUGCCGGUAUUUAUCCCUAGUAGG